AUGGUCUCACCGUCUGUUGGUCUGUCCUUGGCAGUGGUUGUCCCUGAUGUCUCUCCUGUGGACCUACAAGUGGCUGUAGUGAGGGCCAAGGAUGCCGACUCAGGCGCCGGAGGAACGAUCUCCUUCUCCAUCGUCAGUGUGGUGUUCGUGCAGGACAACGGCAACAGCCAGACCUACGAGAACCUCUUCAAGGUGGUGACCACAGCCGAGCAGGACACCUACGUCGGGAGCAUCCAGGUGGCCAGCAACCUUGAUAGGUCACUGAAGGGGCGGUACAAGGUGACGGUGGAGGCCAAGGAUGGUGAGGCACCGGUGCACACAACGCAGACUGUGCUGGACAUCUUCACGGUGGAUAAUAGCUACCUAGUUCGCCUCCAGUUCGUGACCCCAGUGGAAGAAGUGCAGAGUAACUUGGACACUAUCAAACUGGCGCUGACUGUGGUGACCAAGGCACAAGUCUACGUGGCGUCCAUCCAGAGCCUGGACGAUGCCAGCACCUCCCGUGCCUCCAGGCCUCAAGCCAAGGCUGUGAUGGAGGUGUACUUUGUGUACAGCAACGGCACUGCCCUGGAGGUCAACCAGCUGAGCGUGCUCCUACAGAGCAACCCGGACGUCUUGGCGCAGCUGGUGAACCUCGGC